AUGACAGCUUUCCUUCACACACCAUUUUUGUGGGUGUGUAUAUAUCUGACUUGGGGAGAAUUGGAAAAAAACACAGCUUUUUAAUUUGUUUAAAACAGACCUUCUGCCUGUUACAUUUUGUGCUCUUAACCAAUUAAAGAAGCCAGUGGCAUUUUUAAUUUUAUAUUGUGUAUGUUUUCCACUAGUAUAUCUCCAUUGAUUUGUUUGUGCCCUUUAUUAACUGCCAUUUUCUAAAAUUUUUUUCAAUAAAAGGAAAGAAGAUGUGAAAAAAUGGAGUUGUAUAGUCUUGAUGGAAGGAACAGAACAACAAGUGUUACGACUAGAAGUUCCUUUUAUUUUUAGGCUGUUUUACUGAUCAGAAACCUGUGCGAACCUGUAGAUAAGAACUGCUAGCUUUCCAAGGAUAACAAUAAUGACACUCAGUACUUUGUGCCUGCCAAUAUUCCAAGUACUUGACAUGUAUUUAACUCACUGAUGCUCACAACAGUUCUAAGAAGUAGGUGCUGCUGUUACCCCAUUUUAUAAAUGAGGAAAGCAAGGCACAAAAGUGGAAUAAUUUGUCACACAGCUGGUAUUAGAACUGGAAUUUAAACUUGGUUUGUCUGGCUCCAGAGUUGUGAGUUGGCAUCUUUUCCAAUAUUUUCCCACUAUAAUCACUUGCCCAAAUCCUGUGACCUAUGGGAAUAUUGUCUCUCUUGCUUACAAAAGUACAAUUCCAGCUGAGCCUAGUACCUAAGACUUUUUAUUCAGUUUAUAAGAAAUUAAUCCUUACCACAUUUUCCAAUGGGAAUGUUGCCCUAUCUAGUGCUGCACAGUGGGGGAUUAUGGAACAUCACUGGACAGGGAGUUGAAGCCUUGGAUUCUAUACUCUUUACUCUUAAAAACUUUGGGGCGGAUGUCCAAUGCUCUGGAUCUCCGGUCCGUUUUGUGGAGUCCUCUCUUGCGGGCCGGAACUUUUGCUUGGCUGCCAGGCUGUCCGGGGAAAUUUUAGGCGGUGAUACCUACCCACUGAGAGGCAACCCAAAAGAUAAGAGCUUGGGGCGAGGGGACCGAGGGUAGGGACGGAGGGGUUGAAAACGGAGCGGAGCCACGUUUCCGUGGCUUGCUUGCGAGUCGUCUGCGGUCAUUCUCUGCACCCCCUCCCCUCUCCCCCCACCGCCUCCGUCUCCUCAGCCUCGGUGGUUCUCCCGCGCUUCGGUGCCUGAGACCUGAGGGCCGCCCGGCGCCCAGCUGCGCCCCGAGAGAGAUGGAGGAGCCGGAGUCCCGCGGAGAGGUCAUGGAAGAAGUGACAUCGUGCUCCUUCAACAGCCCUCUGUUCCAGCAGGAAGACAAGAGAGGGAUCACCUACCGGAUCCCAGCCCUGCUCUACAUCCCCCCCACCCACACCUUCCUGGCCUUUGCAGAGAAGCGCUCCACGAGCAGGGAUGAGGAUGCUCUCCACCUGGUGCUGAGGCGAGGGUUGAGGACUGGGCACUCGGUACAGUGGGAACCCCUGAAGCCAUUGAUGGAAGCCAUGUUACCUGGGCAUCGGACCAUGAACCCCUGUCCUGUGUGGGAGCAGAAGAGUGGCUGUGUAUACCUAUUCUUCAUCUGUGUGCGCGGCCAUGUCACCGAGCGUCAACAGGUCAUGUCAGGCAGGAAUGCAGCGCGCCUCUGCUUCAUCUGCAGUCAAGAUGCUGGCUGUUCAUGGAGCGAGGUGAGGGACCUGACUGAAGAGGUUAUUGGUGCAGAGGUGAAGCGUUGGGCCACAUUUGCUGUGGGCCCAGGUCAUGGCAUCCAGCUGCAGUCAGGGAGGCUGAUCAUCCCUGCAUAUGCCUACUACAUCCCUUAUUGGUUCUUUUGCUUCCGGCUACCAUGUAAAGCCAAGCCUCAUUCCCUGAUGAUCUACAGUGAUGACCUAGGGGCCACCUGGCACCAUGGCAGGCUCAUUAAGCCCACGGCAACAGUGGAGUGCGAAGUGGCAGAGGUGACUGGGAGGGCUGGCGACCCUGUGCUGUAUUGCAGUGCCCGGACACCAAACAGGUGCCGGGCAGAGGCUUUCAGCAUUAACAAUGGUGAAUGCUUUCAGAGACCAGCCCUGAGCAAUCAGCUGUGUGAGCCCCCGCAUGGCUGCCAAGGCAGUGUGGUGAGUUUCCGGCCCUUGGAGAUCCUUCAUGGGUACCAGGACCUGAAUGGUAAAGAUUCUCCUACCAUUCAGCAGAGCCCUCUGCUGGACAGCUCACUGUGGCCAGAGCAGGAAGGUGGAAUUCUGUCCAAAUCUUGGCUCUUGUACUCACACCCAACCAGUAAGAAGCGGAGGGUCAACUUAGGCAUCUAUCUCAACCAGACCCCCUUGGAUGCUGCCUGCUGGUCCCGCCCCUGGAUCUUGCACUGUGGACCCUGUGGCUACUCUGAUUUGGCUGCUUUGGAAAAGGAGGGCUUGUUUGGAUGUUUGUUUGAGUGUGGGACCAAGCGAGAGUGUGAGCAGAUUGCCUUCCGCCUGUUUACAGACCGAGAGAUCCUGAGCCACAUGCAUGAGGAUAGCACCGGCCCUGGUAAGAACUCUGAGCCAACUGAAAGCUAAAAAUUGGCUUAGGACCCAAUUUUCCAUAGAAAGGAAACCACAGAAGGCAACCACAGCCAGGAUAAUGGAGGCCAGGUUAAUAGAGUUUAUUAAAGUCUACAGAGAAUCCAAAAACUUAAUAUUCUGCUCCCCACCUUUCUUCACUUCUCCAAAGAGCAAAAUGAAAAUUUUGCCGUAGCUACCGCAGUGGAAAGAACUAUGAGUUGGGAAACGAUGAUGUAGUCCUUGGUUGUCCACUGGCUUGCUUUGGAACCUUGGACGUGUCACCUGAACUCUCUGGGCCUCAGGUCUCCAUCUGUAAAAUGAGAGGAUUGGUUCUGUGAUUUUUCUUCUUCCCAUUCCUAGGAACAGCAGAGUGACUGCAUAGUCCAUGAUCAGUGAGUCCUGGCUGUAUAGGUCUCUGAUAGGACUCUGAUCUCGAAAUGGAAGUCAGAGGAUUCAUCUUUUCCAAUGACUCACCACUCAUCCAGGUGUGAGGCUACAAGCAGGUGUUCUGGCACAAAGGAAGAUCUGGUUUAUUAAGAACAAACACACCCUCACCCUUCUAAUCAUGCUUAGAACUCUACAGGCUCUCUAUCCUAGAGGAAUUGGGCAGAACAGUAGAAUCAUGAGGUCACCUACCUUCUCCAGCUUUGCAGCUCUGCUCAAUCGUCCCUUCCUCAGCCAGAAUGCUAUUUCCUAGGGAAUAAAAUGAGAAACUCAAAGCCAGUGGCCCCCAAGGAUGAUACUUACUGUUUCUGAUGGCAUCACUCCUAUGAAAGAUGAACCUGAAGUACGUGUACUAGGAUGGUGCCUGAUGAGAAAAGGACACGGAUCAGACUUUAAAGCAUUAGACAAAACUUCCCAUGUUCUCUGCCCUCAAGGAGCUCACAGUUUAUGGGGCUAGAAGUGUGAGAAAAUUCAAGCAAAUCAGGGCAGCUGGUUUGUAGAUGUUGGGCUUUAAGUUGGGGUGAUGGUAGCUCCUAAUGUCAUUGUCUUAGUUGUAUCUUCAUUGUGCUUGGAGUCAGCAGCCCCAGGGCUUGGCCAGGUCGCUGGGUUUCCCCCAGGUCUGUUUUUUUUUUUUUUUUUUUUUUCCCUCAGAAUAUUGCUCUGGGCUAGUCACUCCUUUUUACACAUGAAGAAGGUCUUCACCAUUAGGAAGGUCUCUGGACUCCAGACCUCUGAAUCAGGCCUAUUUUUUGUACCUACUGCAAUCACUGUUUGUGAAGUCGAGAUGCCUCUUUGAUAGAUUUGGGGCUGAAAUUUGCCAGUGCUGAAUGUCUCAAAUGAUACCAGAUUGGUUCCUCUUAUUUUAGAUUCAGUUCUCCAUAGCCUGUUAUUAUAACAGAAAUUCUAUCAAAGAUACGGUUUUUCUCCCUAUUUUAGGAGAAGAAUACCUCCAACUUGUAUCAAAUAACUAAAUUUGGUGCCAAGUAAUGGCCUGGAAAGCAAGUCUUGGUUGUAGAACAGAGCCCAGGAGGCAGGGGUUGCAGUUGUACCUGUCAUAUGGGGGAGAGUCUACCAGGAUGAAGGUAGAGAUUAACUUCACCUACUUCUGCAUAUGGCUUUAAGCCCAUGGCUUAGAGUGACUUUUUAAAAUUCCCUCAGCCUCUCACCCAUUUGUCAAAGUUAUCCUCCUAGUACACAGUUAUGAUCACUUAUUCACUCAUUUGUACAUUUAUCUAAAUAUUUUCGAGAGCUGUGCAUAAUGUAAGGUGCUUUCUAUUGCCAUUCCCUGGUUGAAAAUCAUUUGUGGCUCCUCAAUAGCCUACUGAAGGGUUUUUACAUUUAGUCUGGCAUGUAGAGCCUUCCGUUUUUGGCUGAGAUAAUGAAUACAAAUCUCCACACAAAUCUCUAAACAAAUCUCUCUUUGUAUGAAGCCCACUCAGAGAAGAUCUCUGUCAAGUUGGCAGUGGAGGGGGUGACAGAAUUGGUGGUACAAGGAGGAACAGGGGAAGGGCAACCCAUUCCUGACUAGUGGAAGCUUCUUGUUCUGCAAAGCUUUCCUGAGCACCAUACCCCAAAUAGAUAGGAACCGUGGGGAUGGCUUCCUUCUCUAACAGGGUCUAAAGGAUGAAGAGAAUGAAAAGCAAGAAAAGAGGGUUGGGGACAAAGGGAAUCCAGAAUGAGGAUUAGGAAGAGGAACAGAGUUGGCAAUGGCAGCUAUGAAGAAAGAACAGCAAGGAAGGAGUCCCGGCAUGUUUAGGAGGAGAGAGAACAUGGCCCAGAUAUGAGACCUAGGCUGGAGAGGUGGUGUGGGUGGUGGCUGCUGUGAAGAAGAAAUGACAACAGGCUGGAGCUGUUUGCCAAAAUGUGGGGGAAGGGACAGAGGCCCACACAGGCUGGCAGUUUAGGCUAUUGAUAGGUUCCUACCCAGCCCUGUAACUUUAAGCUGGUUUAACUCGUUCAUGUUCCAGGUGACCAACAGAAACUGCUGUAGGCACUCUGACUCUCUUUGUGCCAAGUACCCUAGGCUUUCCAGGCCCUUGGGAACUUCUUGCGACACUGGCAUCCUAACAGCGUCCAUUUCAGGCCCUCUCACGUUGGUAGAAUGAAAAAGAUGGGGCAGGUAAUGGCAGCUGUGAAGAAAAGAGGAAGGUAGACUGGAGGCCUCUAAUCUAGAGGCAUGAAGAGGACUAUAGAGGCUGUGGUCCCUUUGCCCCCAGAGGCUCCCACCCUAUCUUUGGACACUUAGAAUGGAUCCAUCCAGCACACAUGGCUCAUCACUGGGAGAGCAAGAAAGCAUAGGUAGGGGCCUCCUGCUGCUGGUCUGUGUCCAAAUCCACCUCCUACCCCUUCAACUUGCUGGUCCUGCUCAUGCUCCCAAACCCCUGAUGCCUACACUCCUAGGCUCCUACUAUUUUUAUUUCAGGCCCUUGUUAUUUGGUGGUUUAUUUGGAUCUGUUUCUCCUGGUCACCGAUCUCCCCUCAUAUCCUUGGGAUAUCAUGCAACUGUAGCCAUAGAUAAGAGACAUUGCACCUUGUUUCUUGGGUAGCCCAAGGCACCCACAGAGGUCAACAUAAGGCUGCUUCCCCUGCCUCCUCUACAGGGCAGUAGGUUUCAAUACUUCUACUUCAGCCAGAUUAGGCUGCUCUGUCUUCUUCAGUAGGCUGUGCGUUUUCCCCACUGCAUUAUUCAAUAUAUGUCAUGUCAUCCUUUCCUUGCUCCUGCAUAGUGCAUAGUUGGAGCCUCCCUCCCUCUGGUCAUUACUACAGGGUGCAAUAUAUCAUUAUUGUCUGUCUUGUGCCCUCUAGGCAUCUGCUGGGUUGUGAAUUCCUUGAGGGCCAAGUCUGUAUGAAUCCUCUAUCCUUUUUACCUUGAAUUACAGUGAUUUCUUUAUAAAAAUGCUUUUUCUAUUGGAUUCUGAACUCCCUAAGGAUAAGGACUGUGCCUGAUUCCUUUCUGUGUCCUCUGCACCCAGCACAGGGCCUGGAGCAGAACAGACAGCAGUAAAACUAGGCUGAAUGAAUAAAGGAAUCAAAAAUCCUGGCCUUCUGGAGCUAAGUGAGAAGGCCGGGGCAAGCUACCCCAUAGGGAGGAGCAUAUUGCAUCCCUCUGUGGAUUGGAUGGUGCUCUAAACCCACUGAACACUCACCCUAAAUGAGUCUUCUUUUUGCUGGCCUGCAUCCGGGUCAGUCACAGUGCUUCCCGGAAAAAGAGCUUUUCUCUGGCUUUAGCUGCCUGCCUGGAUGUGUCAGAAUCACAGCCCAAGCCCAAAGCCAAGCCUUGAUUUGGGUUCUCAUUUCAGUGCUCUUUCCCCUCUGUCCCUAAUUGGAGUUUCUGUAACUGCUCCUUGUCCAAGACUCCAGGAGAGAUGCUGUGCUUCCAGUGUGUAGCGAGCAUGUCUUGGUUCUGUGAUACCAAGUGCCAGAAGUGCCCUCUGUACUAUAGAAACUACCAGGACUCUUGGAAACAAGAGAGAUGAAUAAAGAGUUUAAUUCUUAUGACUGCUAUUUGUUUUGUUGAGGUCAAACUGUGAGGUGAUUAUCAUCCUAAUACUUAUAUCUAGUUUGUACCCAACUACUUUUGAAAAAUAGAUUUGAGGCCUUUUCUUGCUUUUCAUCAGAACUUUUACUUCCAGAAAGCUUUAUUGAUAAUAAUCCUUUGUACUUUUAUACAUUGACAUUGGAACAUAGUUGCUUUUUGAGGGAAGCAGGGCAGAGAUUACCAUGACUGGUUAGAUUGCAUAUUACACAUGAGCUAUAAAGUAAUUAAGUGAGGGAACUGGGAUACACAGAAUCUUCCCAUCUGGUACCAUCCAGUCUACCUACCCUGGGGCUUGUCACUGCACAUCUUCUUUUUACACAACACCCUGAGGUUAUUCCCAAAUUGUAGCUAGUGAGGCCACAAAUACUUACCUCAGUGAUACGGGGUGAUAGCCUUCACUCAUGACUUUUACUUGACUUUGUACUCUGCUUUCUUAAAACAAAUUGUUAAAAAGUUUUACAUGGGCAUCUCUUUUAUCAUAAAACUAAGGGUCAUACAUAAAAUGACAUAAAUGAAAGCAUAAAUGUACAGAACUAAUAAUUUACCUCCUAAAAAUAGUUUUAUAAUAAUUAUUGAUAUGAUCAUUUUUAAAAAAUCCAGUGACCUAU